AUGGCUCUCUCAAAAGUCAAAGUAGUAGUAGGCAUCGGCGGAAUUGCAUUUGCAUAUAAAGGCGACGUACGACAAAUAGAAGUUAAUGACAAAUGGCCAGGCCGCCUCGGCCAUUUGAAAACAAACACAGCCAUUCUUUACGACGAAGACUGGAAAGUUUUGAAAUGGGGAGCUGCUGCUUACCUUGGUCGCCCGCGGGCUAGGGAUGCCGAGAGUAGGCGUCAAUUAAAGCCAGUAGAUCUAUUCAAGUUACAUUUGGGUGACAAUAUGCCCGGCGAAAAGCCGCAACUACCACCAGGAUUGGAUUUUAAGAAAGCUAUCAGUGAUUAUUUGGCCGAAUUGUGGCAAUGCACAAAAGAAAUUCUCGAAAAACGUUGGCCUGCAGUUUCGAUGGAUGAAGAGGUCCUAAAGGUCUUGACAAUUCCUGCAGAAUUUAACGAAAAUACGAAAGCAGUAAUGAGAAAUUGCGCAGCUAAUGCAAAAGUUAUCGAUCACGUUGAUUCACCGUUACUUGAAUUUACUACAGAGCCGGAAGCAGCUGCUAUUGAUUGUUUAGCAAAAGUUGAAGAUCAUUACAAUUUGGAACCGGGAGACAGUUUCUUAAUAGUCGACUGUGGUGGUGGUACAAUAGAUCUGACAACCCAUACUCUCCUCCACGGCAAACGUCUCUCAGAGAUUACCGAACGCACUGGCUGUUUUUUUGGCUCUACCCAUAUCGAUCGGGCAUUUUCCAUAUUUCUGACCAGCAAAGUUUCCAUUGCCGCUUUCCGUGAACUGAAAGACAAUUAUUACUACCAAUAUCAACAAGUUAUCCGAAAUUUCUGUGAAAAAGCGAAAAUACCGUUUAAUGGUGAUGAGGAUGAUUUUGAACCAUAUAGUCUGGAUAUUGAUCGUACAUGCCCGGCAUUAAAAACUAUUAUGAAACAAAUGAACGUGCCAGAGGUGGAGCAACUAGAAGAGGAUAAAUGGACGAUUGAUGUGGAAUUUGAGGAUAUCAAAAACUUUUUUGAUCAAAGUAUUAAUCAGAUUUUGGAAGAGAUCAAAAAACAGUUGGCUUCAUCAAAUGGUCAGAUUUCUGCGAUUUUCCUGGUUGGUGGGUUUGGCGAGUCGCCAUAUCUGGUCAAGAGAGUUAGGGAAGAGUUUAGCAGCAAUGUCCCUACUAUUGCAGUGCCUGCCCAGCCAAUUAUUGCCAUUGCUCGUGGGGCUGUAGCAUAUGGUCUUGAUAUGCGGGUGGUCCAGACACGUGUUUUAAAAUGGACAUAUGGAAUCGAGGUCAGUUGUCCAUGGCAAGCUGGUGACCCUGUGCACCGCAAAGGCAGAGAUGGACUUCAACAAACAUUCCAGAGGCUUGCUAAGCGUGGCACCCAAGUAGAAGUAGAUGAAGACUUUGUGAUAGACUUAAAGCCAACGCACGAAGGACAGACGGAGAUGCAUUUUCCUAUAUAUUAUACAUCAAAAGAAAACUCAAAGUAUUGUGAUGAUCUCGAAAUGCGGCGUCUGGGAUUAUUAACCAUCGAUCUUCCUACCACCGCAGAUGAAACAGAAAGAACCGUAGAGUUCAGACUGAUAUUUGGACAAAUGGAGCUGAAAGCUGCUGCCAAAAUUAAAAAGACAGACAAAACUUGUCAUGCAGUAUUCAAAUUGAGCGAAUACUAG